AUGGCGCUGACGGCACAUGCCGUCGCACGCCCUCACAGCGCGCCUGUCGCGAUUCACGGAGGCGCGUUUGUUCGCUCUAGUACCAGUGACCGUCACAUCCCCUGCGCGCAAUUCUCGCCAGGCGCAGUGGGCGCUGCAACAGGUGACGCUGACAGAGGCACGAGAGAAGCGGCGUCGGCGCGGGGCGGAAAGGCCGCAGCGCGGGGAGGAAGGGCGGCCUUGGAGUCGGAGUCGAGCGUGGAUUCGAGCAGUGGCAGCUUCCACUCGCUGGGGCUGCCCGCGGGUCUGGCGGAGCGCGUGGCGUCGCUGGGGUUUUUCGAGCCCACCGACAUCCAACGACGCGCCGUGCCCGCCCUCAUGCAAGGCACAGACGUGGUUCUCCAAUCAUUCACAGGUUCAGGCAAGACGCUCGCCUACCUGCUGCCCAUCCUCGCCUCUGUGGGCCCCCUCAGCCGCCCCUCAGCCGCCCUCUCAGACCCCACUGGGCCGGCUGGGGACGGCGGAGGGGCGGGAGAGGUAGACGGCAAGGGCAAGAGGGGCAAGAAGGGGCGCGCAGGCGGAGGGGGCGGGGGAGGCGGAGGGGGAGGGGGCGUGGAGGCGGUGGUGGUGGCGCCGUCUCGGGAGCUGGCGAUGCAGAUCGUGAGAGAGGCGGAACGCGUGCUGGGCGAGGAGCACAAGCGCUGUGUGCAGCAGCUGAUCGGAGGGGCGAACCCCCACCGGCAGGAGGAGGCGUUGAAGAAGCACCGGCCGUGCAUCGUGGUGGGCACGCCGGGGCGCAUCGCUGAGAGCAGCCGCGCGGGGCGGCUGGCGACCCACGCGUGCCGGUGGCUGGUGCUGGACGAGGCGGACAUGCUGCUGUCACACCGCUUCCGCAUGGAUAUGCUCCGCAUCCUUGACCAUGCGAAAAUCCCUUCACCACCCUGCACCCAGCACCACCACGAGACAAGCGCAUCACCAGCGGGCAGCAGAGCAGAGAGGCAGCUGGUGAUGGUGUCAGCCACGGUGCCACGGCCCGUGCUGGAGGCGGCGUGCAAGUGGGGCUCGCACCCGCUGCUCGUGCAGCAGCACGCCAUGCAGCCCAUUGACACCCGCUCUGCUGCCGCUGCCACUGCUGCUAGCCUGGCAGGCAGCUCCUCUCAUGCCACUGACUUGCUUCGUGUUCCUGCUGCUGCUGAAGCAUCAGCAGCACAUGGAGUGCUCGUGAUUCCACCGCCAGCGCAGGCAGGAGGGGUGGCAGGAGGGGUGCUGGCGUCGCUGGGGAGAGGCAGUGAGGAGGCGCCACUGGUGGCGCUGAGGGACAGCCUGCCGCCCAACCUCGAGCACUGCUACAUAGUGGUGAACAGGCGGCAUCACGUGGACGUGGUGCGGCGCUGUGUGCAUGCAUUGGAGGCGCGGUCAGCCAUGGUGUUCAUGAACUUUGGGCGCCGCCUGGUGGACGUGCAGCACAAGCUGCAGGCAAGAGGGCUGUCCGCGGCUGCGCUGCAUGGGACCAUCUCCAAGCUCGCCCGCACCAACAUCAUGUCCUCUUUCAGGGAUGGCGGGGUGCGAGUGCUGCUGGCAACAGAGGUGGGUGCGCGCGGGCUGGACGUGGUCGACUGCGACCUCGUAGUCAACCUUGAGCUGCCUGCCUCGCCCGCUCACUACGCGCACCGCGCCGGUCGCACGGGGCGGCUGGGGCGGCGCGGCGUGGUGGUGUCGGUGUGUGAGGAGCGCGAGGAGUUUGUGGUGCAGCGAGUGGCGCGAGAUCUGGGCGUGAAGAUGGAGCGUGUUGAGGUGGUGGAGGGCAGCCUCGUGCCGUAUGAGGGGCGCAUGAAGUACUGA